AACAGUUAUAAAUGUUAAGCGAGAUACAAUUUAAGUGUUUAAUUUAAUUUGACACAAAAGGGUGGAAAGUUGUAUAAUAGCACUGUAGCAUUAGAUUACAUAUUCGUGAUUUAAAAACCACAUUUCCAACAACUCUUCCGUUAUGACGUCUGUGACAGUCCGAGUUGAUUUUUGACCAAAGAGAAGUCAACACACAUUGAUUUGGAUAAAAACUGAGUAAGACGCUGAUGGAAACUUAUACACUGUAGUGUAAGACCUUCAGAGCUAUUGGGCUCAUGCAGUGAAUCGCUCCUGCACUGACUGCUGGUUCAGGAUACGUUGUCCUCUCUUCUGCGGGGUCUUGUGUCCGAUGCCAGGAUGGCAGCAGACGUCUACAACAAGGGUGCACUCUGGGAAGUUAAAAAUGGCAACUUGGUGCCACCAGAUCGACUCCGCCAGGACCGAUCGGACAGUCCGACACCGGGGCUGGUGGAGGGGACAGAGCCAGGUGCUGGACAGGAGGGUGCCAUGUUUGUUCACGCUCAGUCGUUUGAGGACCUGACUGCUGACAGUGAGCCCAGCACCAGUGACAAAGCUGCAGAGGUGGGCGACUCGAAUCUAGAGAAUGCUCAAGAAGAGGCUCUGGAAGGAGCUGAGGAGGAGGCGCAGGAGGGAGGUUUGGUGGUUGAACAGGUGGAAGAAGGAAAAGAGGGGGUUCGGAACAGCAACAAGGCAAAAGAGGAGGAUGUGACAAGUGAAACAUGGCGGAGCCACAGGAAGCAUAUGUUUGUCUUGAGUGAGGCGGGGAAGCCCAUCUAUACACGCUAUGGAACAGAGGAAGCUCUCUCCAGCAUCAUGGGAGUCAUGAUGUUACUCAUGUCAUUUGUAGAGGAUAAGAAGAACAUCAUACGCUCCAUCCAUGCAGAUGGCUACAGGGUGGUGUUCCUGCGGAAAAGCCCUCUCAUCCUGGUGGGAGUCUUUCGCACUACCUGCUCCGACUGGGAAUUGACACGAGAGCUUCAGUACAUCUACUACCAGAUCGUUAGCCUGCUCACCCUCACGCAGCUGAACCACGUCUUCCAGCACCGGCAGAGCUACGACCUGCGCCGCCUGCUGGCCGGCUCAGAGCACUUCACCGACAACCUUCUGCGGCUCCUCGACCGAGAUCCAGGUCUGCUGCUGAGAGCCGUCAUGUGCCUGCCUCUGGCCAGCUCGGCCCGUGACGUGGUCUCCUCCAGCUUGCAGGCUGCUAAAGCCAAGAACCUGGUGUUCUCCAUUCUGCUCGCAGGAAACAGGCUGGUGACGCUGGUACGCAAAAAAGACCAGUUUCUGCACCACAUGGACCUGCACUUGCUCUUUAACUUGGUCGGCUCUUCGUCCUCCUUCCGACAAGGCGAAGGGUGGACACCCAUAUGUCUGCCCAAAUUUAACCCAGCUGGAUUUUUCCACGCGCAUAUUUCUUACCUGGAACCGGCCUCGGAUCUCUGUCUUAUCCUGGUGUCCACAGAUCGUGAGGAUUUCUUUAACCUCUCCGACUGUAAGAAGCGGUUCCUAGAGCGCUUGCGCAGGCGCAGUGCAUAUCAAUCAAUGCAGGAAGCACUGAGCUCGCCAAGUUAUACAGUCUCACAGGUUGGCAUACCUGAGCUGCGACACUUUGUGUACAAGUCUAAAAGCUCUGGGCUCUAUACAAGUCCUGACUUACCAGUACCAUAUCAGGCAGAAGAGGAGCAUGAAAGGCUGAUGGGAUUGUACCAGCAUCUGCACAGCUGCCUGCAUCACCCCACACGUCCCCUGCGCAACAUUUACCACUGCACAGAGACUGAGAACCUUUAUGCCUUGGUAACGAGUGGUUUCGAGCUCUACCUCUGUUUUAGUCCUCUGGGAACAAAGGGCCUGGCUGUGUCUGCCGUCAACAAGCUCCUAAAGUGGAUCAGGAAGGAGGAGGAUCGUCUGUUCAUACUCAGUCCAUUAACAUACUGAGCCAGCUUAGGCACUUCUAAACACCAGAAACACUAGUGAACGUCUGACCCCAGACUGCUGAAAGAGCAGCAUCUGUGACCCUACUUGAAUAGACAAGGAUGCAGCCGGAUGCUGUAAGAUAUUUAAAGGAUACUCCACCCCAAAAUUAAAAUGUUGUCAUUAAUUACUUACCCCCAAGUCGUUCCAAAGUCGUUAAAGCUGCAUUCGUCUCCGGAACACAAUUUAAGAUAUUUUGGUGAAAACUGGGAGGCUUGUGACUGUCCCACUGACUGCCAAGUAAAUUACAC